AUCUCUAUUCAAUUGAGAACAUGUCCCAGACGCCGGAAUUUCUGGCGUGUUUCCUGAUGCCCAUCCCGUUGAUAAGUCCUACAGUACCUCCCUUCAAUGUAUGACAUUGGUCACUCUCGCCAGCGCCUUUUGACUGGAUGCAUUUUGAAGGACGGAGUAUCAAAACCACGCUCUCCAACAUUCUUGGAGUAGAUGGUCUUGCACGUGAGCGAAAGUGGCGAGCACAUUGUGUUCUCAGCGUGGAUCUCGGCCGAAGGGCACGAGAAGGUGUCGAAGCUCUCAUCCCCCACGCAGACGUCAUCUUCCUUUCAGCGCAAACAUUUCCCUCGCUCUCUAAUCCCCAGUUUAACGCUGUCAACCCUGGCCCACCUUCUCCGCGCGCUAUCCUCCUUGCGCUCGCACGACACGCAUCUCCACACGCGCUCCUUGUAUUAUACGGAGGUGCCCUUGGUUCAGCCCUCCUCUCCCUUCCCACUCGUGAAUACCUCCAAUCCUCUUCCUGGUCUCCACUCCCGAUGGGCAGAUCCCAUGCACACACCAACUCCAACUUACACUCCAUCAUCUCCACCGCUGAGGGUGUCGAGAGCGUGCGCAGCGGCUCAGAAUUUUGGGCUGGCCGCCGCAGCCCCGACUCAAGCGGGUUCACCAUGGGUGAUAACCCCUCACCUGCCCGAAAUCGUGACAGCGGAUACUCAGAAGACCACGACGACGAGCCAAGAAGACUUGCUGUACCGUGAAGUGAAGGUGCGUGUUUUCUGGUGCGCUUCGUAGGGCUGCCCAGACGCGACAAGCGGUAGGAUCGCGUUCAGGGCGCGAGAAGAUGAACCGGAUUGUAUAUGAAGUUUGACAUUUUUUGGGUCCGGUUCUCGGUUCAAACCCUUGCUGAACCGGAACCGGACCAUUAUUGGACCGAACCGAUGGUCCGGUCCACGGUUCUGCUUACUGAGAGGACUGAACCGAUGGUCCGGUCCAC